GCGCCUCAUUGGCCGCCGGGGAGGGAUUUGCUGGGUACUUAAAUGCCACCCUCUUGUCCAAAGAGGAUUUUGUGCUUUGGAGUUUCCCUGGGGAGAGGUGGCUUUUGCCUCCAUCACCCACACACAGGCAGCUGGAUUCUUCCCAACGAGUGAUCCCUGCAGCGCACCAACACCGAGACUCUAAAGGCAAGAAGCAGAAGUCAAGAGAAAGCCCUCAAAUUCCACCUCAAAACACCCAUUGCUUUGGCUGCAAAGUGAGCCGAGAUGGGGAACAUGGACGGGAAAUCCGUGGAGGAGCUGAGCACCACCGAGUGCCACCAGUGGUAUAAGAAGUUCAUGACGGAGUGUCCUUCGGGCCAGCUCACCCUCUAUGAGUUCAAGCAGUUCUUUGGCUUGAAAAACCUGAGUCCUGCUGCCAACAAAUACGUUGAGCAAAUGUUUGAGACGUUUGACUUUAACAAGGACGGCUACAUAGAUUUUAUGGAGUACGUGGCAGCUCUGAGUCUGGUCCUCAAAGGGAAGGUGGAUCAGAAGCUGCGGUGGUACUUCAAGCUCUACGAUGUGGAUGGGAACGGCUGCAUUGACCGGGGAGAGCUGCUGAACAUCAUCAAGGCUAUUCGAGCCAUCAACCGGUGCAACGAAACGAUGACGGCUGAGGAAUUCACAAACAUGGUGUUUGACAAAAUCGACAUCAAUGGAGAUGGCGAGCUUUCCCUGGAAGAGUUCAUGGAGGGCGUGCAGAAGGAUGAAGUGCUGCUCGACAUCCUCACCCGCAGCCUGGACCUGACACACAUCGUCCGGUUGAUCCAGAACGAUGGGAAGAACCCGCACGAGCCGCAGCAGGAGGCAGAGGCUGCCCAAUAGGCUCCCGGGAUGCCUUCCCUUCGUCUCUGCUUCCCCCCCUUUGCAUCCUUAAAACAAAUGUGUUUGUGGGAGCUGCCCCAGCACCAGUGCAGCCAGCGAUAGACUAUAGGGACCAGGGUCUGCUCCUAAGCUACCGCUCCCCUGGCACAUGGCUCAGGGGAGUCUGGGGCUCUGCCUUGGUCCUGCCCAGUGCAGCAGUGAAGAGGGGUGCUGUGAUGGCAGCUCAUCGUGCUGGAAGCACACAUCUCCCCCCAGGACUGCCAGUGGGACCUCUUGUGUGAAGCAGGGACACAAUGCACCAAGAGAGCCUCACACCAAGCAGCGGCCAACACCAGCAUCUGCAGGGGAUGAACCCCAGGGCUGCCAGCACUUGGCCCUGGUGAAAGGAGGUCCCCAAAGGACACACGUAUGAAACCUGCACAGCAGACCCGAACCUUCUCUCUCCAUGCACA